GAGACGUCACGACGCUCUGGCGCGGGUGCCCGAGUCGGUAUCGCAUUCUCUUCGUCACCGUUUUCGCGUUCGUCGUGUGCAACAUGGAUAAGGUAAAUAUUUCGGUGGCGAUCAUUCCCAUGGCGAGGGAUUUCGGGUGGACGAGCACGCAGGCGGGGUUUAUUCAGAGCGCGUUUUUUUACGGUUUUGCCGUGUCGCAGCUUCCUGGCGGAUUCCUGUCAACAAAGUUGGGCGGGACCAAGGUGUUGCCGUUUGGGAUGUUGAUCCUAUCCUUGGCGACGCUGGUGAUUCCAGUUUUCGGCGUGGACGAGAAGAGCAUUUUCCUCGCUCGCGUGCUCGUCGGGCUCGGCGAGGGCGUCGCGCCGAGCGCGGCGACGGACAUCAUCGCGAGGAGCGUCAGUGUGAGCGAACGUUCGCGCGCGGUCGGGUUCGUCUUUAGCGGGUUCAACUUAGGUUCGGUUUUAGGAUUGGGCGUGGCGCCUAUACUAAUAGAUUUGACAAACUGGAGGACCGUGUUCGCCAUCUUCGGAUCUUGCGGUCUAGUCUGGAGCGCGUGGGCGAUGAGGGUGUACGGAGACGGCGGGAUGGUGGAUGAGAGCAAGAAUUACGAUCCGGUGGAGGGUUUGCAAGGCAGGCGCGUGUUUACGAUAGAUAAGAAGGCGAUGGAACGAGGCGAGGCGAUUCCGGAAGAUCCUCCGAUUCCCUGGGGUGAGUUCAUCUCCAAUCCCUCGGUUCGAGCGCUCAUGUAUGUGCACUAUUGCCAAAAUUGGGGGUUCUACGUUCUCCUCGCUUGGUUACCCACGUACUUCACCGAUGAGUUGGGGGUAACGCUGACGAACGCAUCUCUUCUGACGCUGCUCCCGCCGCUGGCUAACGUCGCCAUGGCUUCGGUCUCUGGCCCGACGGCUGAUAAGCUCAUCAGGACCGGUAUGGACAUCACGCGCGUGCGCAAGACGAUGCAAGCCGUCGCAUUCCUCGGACCAGCGACGGCCAUGUCGACCGCGGCCGUGCUCGAUCAGCCCGUCGCAACCGUGGGUUUACUCACGCUCGGGAUCGCGCUCGGCGCGUUCUCGUACGCCGGCUUGUACUCAAACCAUCAGGAUUUAUCUCCAAAGUACGCGAGUAUUUUAUUGGGCAUGACGAACACGUGUGGUGCCUUACCAGGGGUGAUCGGCGUCCCGCUCACUGGUUACCUGAUCAGAGAGACUGGCAACUGGGAGCUCAGCAUGUUUCUUCCCGCCAUUUUCUUCUACAUCACCGGCACGGCUGUAUUUGCAAAGUACGGUUCCGGCGAACGCCAGGCAUUUUCGGGUCAGCCGAUGCCGCUGCCAGGCGAGUCGCCCGAGCCUAGCGACAGUGGUGGGCACUGA